AUGACUUCCCGGGACCAGCUGGUGCAGCAAGUGCUGCAGGAGCUGCAGGAAGCGGUGGAGUCCGAGGGCCUGGAGGGGCUCGUGGGUACCGCCAUCGAGGCUAAGCAGGUCUUGUCUUCCUUCACCCUUCCCCAAUGCCGGGAGGGGGGCCCCGGCCCGCAGGUGCUGGAGGUGGACUCAGUGGCUCUGAGCCUGUACCCGGAGGACGCUCCGCAGAACAUGCUGCCGCUGGUGUGCAAGGGUGAGGGCAGCCUGCUGUUUGAGGCGGCCAGCAUGCUGCUGUGGGGCGACGCAGGCCUCAGCCUGGAGCUGCGCGCCCGCACCGUGGUGGAGAUGCUGUUGCACAGGCACUACUACCUCCAGGGCAUGAUCGACUCCAAGGUGAUGCUGCAGGCAGUGCGCUACUCUCUGUGCUCCGAGGAGUCGCCCGAGAUGACCAGCCUGCCAUCUGCCACGCUGGAGGCCAUCUUUGAUGCGGACGUCAAGGCUACCUGCUUCCCUAGCAGCUUCUCCAAUGUGUGGCACCUGUACGCACUUGCCUCUGUGCUUCAGCGCAACAUCUACUCGAUUUACCCGAUGCGCAACCUUAAGAUCCGGCCCUACUUUAAUCGCGUCAUUCGGCCGCGCCGCUGCGACCACACGCCCUCUACGCUGCAUAUCAUGUGGGCGGGCCAGCCCCUCACCAGCCACCUCUUCCGCCACCAGUACUUUGCCCCAGUGGUGGGGCUGGAGGAGGUGGAGGUGGAAAAUGCUGCCAACCUGCCCCCGGCCCCGUCAGCCCUGGCCUCACUGCCACCGCCGGCCAAGACUCUGGAGCGGCUCAACCGCGAGCCUGGCCUCAGUUACUCGCACCUCUGUGAGCGUUACAGUGUCACCAAGAGCACCUUCUACCGCUGGCGGCGGCAGUCCCAGGAGCACCGGCAGAAGGUGGCUGCCCGCUUCUCGGCCAAGCACUUCCUGCAGGACAGCUUCCACCGCGGGGGUGUUGUGCCGUUGCAGCAGUUCCUGCAGCGGUUCCCCGAGAUCUCCCGCUCCACCUACUACGCCUGGAAGAACGAGCUACUGGGCUCUGGUGCCUGCCAGGCCCUGGCCCCCAGGGAGGCGCUGGCCGUAGAGGAGCUGGAGAAGUUGCCAGAGGAGCAGGGUGCCAAGGGGCUGGGGUGCCCCUCGCUAGCAUCAAGCCCUGGAGUGGUCUUAAUGCAACGGGCCAAGUUGUACCUGGAGCACUGCAUCUCCCUGAACAUACUGGUGCCCUAUCGCUGCUUCAAGCGCAGGUUCCCCGGCAUCUCCCGGUCCACCUACUACAACUGGCGCCGAAAGGCCCUCCGGAGGAACCCCAACUUCAAGCCGACAACGUCCCUCUCGGCAGCCGGGGCUCCUCAAGCAGCCUCCGUUGGGGAAGAGUCUCUGCCUCCCUGGAAGGGUGAGGUUGGAGAGGGAGCAGAGAAAGCAACAGGUGGGGGGCCUUCUGCACCCCGGGAAUUCCUGCCCUUGAAAAUGCCCCUGUCCCGCUGGCAAAGGCGUCUGCGCAGGGCUGCCCGCAAGCAGGUGCUGAGCGGGCACCUCCCCUUCUGCCGGUUCCGCCUCCGCUACCCUAGCCUGUCACCGUCCACCUUUUGGGUCUGGAAGAGUCUUGCCCGAGGAUGGCCCAGAAGCCUGUCCAAACUCCAGAGGGAGGCCCCUGCCUUGGGCAAAGGGGGGGCGCAGGAUGCAGAGGGGAAGCCGGAGAAGGAAGCUGACAAGAGCGUGACGGCGGCAACGGCCCCACCCAAGGGGGUCCUACAGGUAGGGGCUUCUCCAGGAGACACUUCGCUGGAGGCUCAGGGAGGGCCUUCCCGAGAGGGGGCCAUGGCCCAGGGCCCACCCCACAGUAGGUCCCCAUCAAACUACUCUGUGGCAGCAGGUGAUAGGGACGGCCAAGUGCUGGUGAUGGACAUGAUUGCCACCACAAAGUUCAAGGCCCAGGCCAAGCUGUUCUUGCAAAAGCGCUUCCAGUCCAAGAGCUUCCCCUCCUACAAGGAGUUCAGCGCCCUCUUUCCCCUCACUGCCCGCUCUACCUACUACAUGUGGAAACGGGCCCUCUAUGAUGGCCUCACCCUGGUCGAUGGCUGA